GUUCUUUUUCUACGAUGAAAACCGCGACCCAUGGCGUGUGAAAGUCCGAGACUGUUUGGACAGCAAGAAGAUGGGGUAUGAUUACGAACCGAAAGCCACACCAUGGCGUAACUUUAAGCCAGGGAAAAAGACCACACCGGGCAAGGUGAAUCUACGUUCAGUUAAGCCAGCCAGCAAGGUAUUCCCACUCUCAAAUCUGGACAGAGCAAUUUGCUUUAGCAUAGAGAGGCCAGCUACAUCAAGGAGUCAGCAGGAGAAAGAUGAAUUUGAGGAGGUGCUAACAUUCAAGAAUUUAAAGUAUGAUGAUAGCAAGUAUAUAAAGUUUGAUGUGUUCGUCAAUGCAGACAAGACUGUGAAUGCAGAUGACAUUGACAAGAAAGAAUAUGCAGGGAGCUAUACCAGCUUGCCACAUGUUCAUGGACCUAAUAGUGGCAAUCAUGCGGUUGAAGUACAAGAAUUCAAGCUAGCCAUCACUGAACUGCUAGAGGACUGUGGUUUGGAAGAUGAAGACAUUAUUGCGGUAACUGUGGUUCCAAAGACGGGGGGCGAAGUGGUCAGCAUCAACAGUGUGUUGAUUGAACUUAAGGAUUGUUAUUAAUUAAGUCCAAAUGUAUGUAUGUAUGUGUGUCUUAGGGGUCCUUCCUUUGAUGCAUCACAUAAAAUAAUGCAUGCAUUAACAUGUGUAUUAAUAAUACCUUGUUUGAUAUACUUUUUGAACUUAUGCAUUAGUUAUGCAAACAUUAGUUAUACAUCCUAUUUGUAUUAUCCUAUGUAUAACUAAUACAUAAGAAGCCAUGGUAUUAACAAUG